GGGACUCAGUGAGGACUGUGGGAAAGGAGCGUGCCAUCCGGAGGCAGAAGAGGAGUCUCUUGUCCGUCUGUGUCCAUGUCUCCGCUCUGUUCUGACAAAGACCCCCAGCGUCCCGCUCGCUAUCGUUCUUCCACCUCUGGAUUUAAGUCAGCUGGAAUACCGCCGGGACUCUCCGCUCAUCAUUCCGCGCUGCCACGUUUGGAUGGGAGGCAAAGUUGGACCUCUGAGGACGGUACGAUGGGCGACAAACACUUUGGCUUCUCUUGCGCUUUUAAGAGUUUCCUAGCAUCAGGGAUGACCUCACUUUUCUUCAGUAAAAGAGUUUUUAUAUGUGACAGAAAUUGAGCUCCUUCUUUUUUUCUUUUUUUUUUUUGGUCCGUUAAAAGUAGGUUACCUAUUUGGGAAUGCACAAUUUCAAACUUGACUGAUGAGGUACCUCUGGACGUGAAAGAUGAGUGGAGAAGAGGGAUAGAAAUAUGUUUCCGUGCUCACCUUUCAGAAAUGAGUUCUAGCCUCGGUCUGAAAAUGUGACUGUAGCACAUAUUAGUGCUCUUCAGUACCUUUAUAUUUUUAUUUUUGUCCUUUACUGGACUCUUUACAGUGGACUACAUCUGAUCUUACACAUCUUCCCUCUCCAAGGGAACCAUCAAGCUAAACUCCUCGCUGUUAACCCACUUAGUUGACCAAUCUCCCCUUUGGGGGCUUCCAUAAAACAUCUGUCCUACUCUAGUUUUCUUGAGGAAAGCAAAAAGACAAGCCAGCAAAGGGAGCACAGGGAAGGAAGGCACCCCCCCCUCCCGAAGGCGUGAGGGGGGCAGAAGAUGGCAGCUCUCGCCAGCUCUCUCAUCAGACAGAAACGGGCAGUAAAGGACGACCAAGCCAACCGACCGGUUGCCAACAAGCGCAAGCCCUGUCCCAAGAGCAACAAGUCCUUGUGCCAGAAGCAGAUCCUGGUGUUGAUAUCCAAGGUCCGACUAUGCGGGGGUCGGAAAGUUCGCAACGAAAAAAGACCAGAGCCUCAGCUGAAAGGCAUCGUUACGCGACUGUACAGCCAACAUGGAUUCUACCUGCAGAUGCAGCCUGAUGGCAACUUAGGCAGCACAAAGGAUGAAAGCAGCGCAUUUUCUCAGUUCAACUUAAUUCCGGUGGGACUGCGGAUUGUGGCAAUUCAGGGGACAAAAACAGGGUUGUACCUCGCCAUGAACAGCGAAGGAUAUCUCUAUACCUCGGAGCACUUCACUCCCGAAUGUAAGUUCAAGGAGAGCGUGUUCGAGAACUAUUAUGUUACGUACUCGUCCAUGCUCUACCGCCAGACCCAAUCCGGACGCUCCUGGUAUAUUGGCAUUAACCGCGAUGGUCACAUCAUGAAGGGCAACCGGGUGAAGAAGACCAAAGCAGCCGCACAUUUCCUGCCCAAAGUCAUAGAAGUCGCAAUGUAUAAGGAGCCAUCGCUCCACGAGCUCGUCAGCGAACCGGUGAGUCCUCCGCGGAAGACGGCAAAGACGUCCGACUCGCCAACACUCAAGAAUGGACGGAAAGAGUCUCCUCAGGUUGACGCCUCAUAGCACAGGAGAUUGAGGGUGGGACAAAAAGGGUAAAAGUGACACUUGGAACUCCGUUGUCCGUAAUGUACUGAGCGUCGCUGAAGAAACAGCACUCCCUGGCUACCGUGUUCCAGAACUGCACUUCCAGAUGCUGAGAGGUAAAGGGCCAGCAUUUUAAGGCCCAGAAGGCCUGAAAAAGGAGUCACCACCCUCACCUGAAGCCACAGAAAGAAAGCCCAGGGUCUGUAAUACCCUACUCAACCUUCUCAUGUAUGUCUCUCUCUCUCUCUCUCUCUCUCUCUCUCUCUCCCUCUGUCUCCCCUGUGACUUCUUAAUGCACGGGUUCCUUUAUUUGCCAGACUCAAGCUUCUUUUUCCUAUUUGCUGUCUUGUACUCAAUGUUCAGCUUUCACAAAUUUCCCUCCUGAUUCAGCAUUGUAAUCCUAACCCAUGGGGAGCUCCUUUUGAGCCUCAAAGUUGGGUGACAACCUGGUUCCACUGCCGCCAGCUCUCCGCCCACCAGCUAAAGUAAUACCCACGGUCUUUUAAAGCUUAAAUCAAGAUGAAAGGAAUCAGAGAGGAAAAGCAAUCAGCAGGAGGCCCGAGUCAGGUCGCACCAUCAGCCCAACAUGAGCAAAGCAAGUUUCUGACGUCGAAACCUAAAAACCAGUCGUCAAUGCUGUUCUUCUUCUUCCUGUUUAUCUCAUAAAAGUUACAAUUUAUUAUGGCUUCUGCUUGUGAAAUAUAAGAAAGAUACUAAAAUUGCUGAAUUCUAGCGUUGAAAUAACAAGGUGCUAUAACGAUGGUAAAAGUCAGACAAAAGAAAAAGUGCAAUUAAAAUAAAACAAGAUCUAAAGAAAUAUUAAGUAAAGAAAAAACAUAUUUAUCAUAACUGUUUCUCAAUAGAUUAAUUUUAAAACUUAAAUUUAGAGGAGGAAAUGUGGACAACUCUCCAUCCUUCGCUCUCCGUCCUUUACUACCACACGAUCCCUAAUUACUGCACAUGCUCAUCAAAGGUAACAAAUGAGCAACCUGGACACAAAGUUAAACCCAGGGCGCAUCCGAGUUCAGAUGCAUGGGAAAAGGUGCAAGUAAUGUAUACUUCAGUCAACAUCUGCUGUCAGCAUAAAACUGGGUUUGAAGCCCAACAUCAAAGCCAGAGAGCCUAUGAGCCGCAGCACUUGUUAUUCUGAGGACGUCUGGCAGCUUAUCCACUCACUCGCUUUAUCAAAUCACCUUGGAAGAACCCUCCCCUCCCAAAAAAAAAAAAGGAAAGAAAAUAAUGGAAUUGUCUGAGUAAAUGUCUUGGUGUGACAGUGUUUUAACCCCGGUGGGUGGAUGUGAGCCGAUGGAUCGUUAGAGUUUGUGCGUCUGUGUGUGAACAACAGCCUGCGCAUGGGGACAGACAGGGGGAAACGUGGGUAACAUCCUCUGUGUCCUUCACACCGAGCUCAGCGUCGUGUCUUCAAUACGUCGGCUCCAGCGAGUAAGUGAUACUCCAAUCCGUCUUGUGAACCAUUCACAAUGACUCUCGUCCCGUGUACGUUUUUAAAUAGCACGGUUUCAGGGCCACCUCUUAGGGAACGUGCUUUAGCCCAUUCGGUGCAGUACAACAUUUUAUCAGUUGUUUUUUUUUUUUUUUUACUUUUAUGGGGGAUGAUGUUCUAGGCUAUAAAAACAGAGUCAUCAGCGUAUGUGUUUACCGUGCACCCUGCUAAAACCACAGGCGGAAAAAAGACGAGCCACACACGUCAAACCUUUGCUUUGUUGGUUAAAUACUGUAGAUACUAGUGGACGUAGAGGACAAACUAGGAAAGAUGCUCAUCAUGCAUCUAACACAAGUGGUAACAUAACGCCAGUGAUGGUUACAGGAUGUAAUACAGAGGGUAUUUGAAUGUGCACUGCUGAGGGUAAAAAGCAAGUCUGAAAUAAAAGAGUGAAACUGCAAAAGAGGUUAUGUCGCUCGGAAGCGGUUGGUUAGAGAAAGUGAAGGAUUAGCAGGUGUAUUCUUGUGGAAUGUCGAUAAGAAAUUUAUGCAGCAAAGGAAGCAGGGGAGGUGUGGCUGUGUCGUAUGCAGCAUGUUGAUAUGAUAAUGAACGUGAGACAAAGAGGCACGCAAGGCACCGCGUUCAGUUUAUGACAGGGGGUAGUUAGAGAGAAUCCGUUGAAGGGCUUUGCUCAACUCUCCCUUCCCCCCUCAGACUAAGUCUUUGAAUUUGUUGGGAGUUUUUUGCAAGAGGACAAUCCCUUACUUUGUGUUGGGAUAUUUUACCCAAGUGGCAAAUUCAGUACCAUAGACCUUUAAAUCUCUACUUGCGUCUUCUCACCCGGGGAAUUCAGCAUGCUCAAUCUGAGUUCUAGCUGUGCAUCACUAACCACUGUGUAAUAUCAGAGUGUUCGCACAACAGUCAGCUCACAGUUGUGCUUUUAGAAGAUGUCUAUAAGCCUAAGAUAUGAAAGUAUAUGGAGGAGCAAAGAUUUUUCAUUGACCACAUUUUACUCCUAGAGCAUACAGAAUCCAGGCCACUGUGAUAAUGGCGUAUAUGGGGUGGGAGGUCAUUUACAAUUCCUUACACUCUAUAAAAUUAAACUAGUAACUAUGUAAUUAUAAUAUGUUCUCUUUAUAUGAACUUUAUAUAACUUAGAGUGGAAUUAUGUUUUACUUCAUAUAACUUCAUAUAACUUUCAGACCAACAACAAUGAUACAGGGCAGCAUGGAUGCUGGUCAUUUCACUCCUUUGCCAUUGUUUGUAGUUUUGGUCGUUUCAAAUCAAACUUUUUGGUGCUGUUUACCCAGCAACGUCAAGUGUGUGUCAUUUUGUACAAGCCAAGAGGAAGCUUUCUACCUGCCUUGAUGGCUAUUUGACUAUUCAAAGAAAUUUUCUUUUGUAUACUCCUAUUUAACUGUAAAGAAAUAGGGUUGUGUAGCUCCAAUAAUCUACCAGAGGGAGUUCAGUUUCAUUUACCUUAGUUUAAUCAGGAGCCAUAAUCAAUCAUAUUUUAUGUCAACUGCGCAAAAAAAGAAUUAGAGCUAUAGUAAAUUGAAAUAGGAUGUGUUUUUUAGCUCGUUGUCUACUUAUCUAUGAAACUGGAGAACCGAAUAACCAUUGAUUUUUUUUUUUAUAUUUCAUGAAAAAUUAAAAAGACAAUACAAGUGUUCACAAUCCCUUAUGUGUUCAAAACAUGUGUGUUUUCACAUUUGUGAGAAAUGGAAGCAGGAGGGGACAAAAUGGCAGCAUAUGUGUGCAAAAUUGGGCUUCAAAUUGCCAAAGGGUUGAUCUCACUCAGAGCCGAGCGCAACAGAUCAUUUAAAAGAAUUGGAACAAAACUCACCAAAUAGGUGUGUAAAACACUCAUAAAAUUCCAGUUUAAAAUAGAACAAUUUGCAAUUGGAUUAGUAAUUCAAAAUUUUAAGUGACUUUAAAACCAUACCUUUUUCUUUCCAAACAAUUGCCAAAUUGUAACAUUAGAAUAAGUUAGAUGACAUCCAAUUCAGUUUGCAGUUGUAAAUCAGUAAAACAACGAAAGGUAUUUUCUUGCUCUGUAAUCAGCCAAACUGCGGCAGCCAUGUUGGAUUUUGGGACCGAAGUUGAUAACACAGUAAAUAAUCCUUUCAAGUCAAAAUUACAACUUCAGCAGAUUUUGAGGUGAUCUUCCCGACUUACAGCGCUGAAAAUCCUUUGUCUCGUGGUUCAUAGUUACAGGUCGCUUGAAUACCUGCCUGACCUAAAAACCUUGUGGGACAUAAACGUUGUCCUCUAGGAAUGUUUAUGACGGCACACGGUGUACGUGUCAAUAACACAUUUGCGAUGGCAGAACCCCCAUCUGAAAAGGUGGUACCUAACACAACAAAUAAUCUGUAUGCUCUAAGAAAAGCAAUGCGAGGAGAGUCCAACACCAAUAAAUGAGUAAACCGUGACCUAGAAUAAAAGACACAAAAAGUAAAUAUCUAUUUCUUUUGAAUUGGCACAUUAUUAUUAAAUGCAAGCUACAAACAUUUGAAUUAAACUUUUGAGUGAAGCUGAGCUCAAAACAGGGCAAACGUGAAAGAGUUGCACGACAGGUUGCACAUGCAUUUGUCGGGUAGCAUGCCGAACCCUAAAGCGCGAUUGGUGCUCGCCUGUGCAAUAGCGAAGAAUGUCGCAGGUAAGUUGUUUGCUGAUGAUUUUGCAAGUAGACAGACGGGAACAGAGAAUGUCGGGCAGUAGAAAAGAAACAGUCACCGAAUGUAAGAGAGGACGUUUAAAAUGGUAAAGCGUGCGGUUUCUCUGAUGGGAUAGGUGUUGUAGGUGAGGGAAGAAAACUCAGUUAGAGUAUUAAGAUGAACGUUUUGGUCUGAAGAGAUCUGACACUUUUUAUACCGGUGAAAAUACAUUAACUGGGUUUUUUUUUUUUUUAAAUAAUAAUAAUAACGAACAGUGAGGUGUUAACAAGGAAAACAAAAAAAACACUUCAAUUCGUGUGCCCACACAUGAGCUUUUCAUCUCCCGAACAGCAGCAUCUACACCCCAUUAACCCUCUCUUCAACAUUAUGUUGCCUGUGUAGGCGUAUACUUACAGCGUCUUUAUAAAGCUCUGAGUGGUUGCGUGCUUGUGUGCGUCAAUGAGUUAUAGGAGGGCGAAACAAAAAGAAAGGGGCACAAGACUGAGACAGUCAUCAAGCAGAUUGAAUAAAACAGAAAUUGAAUAAACUCAGACUCAAAAAACACAACUGAACAGACUGAAUCAAAAACAAGUUUUCUGUUGUAAAUAAAGGGGAAGAAAGAAGUGAUGUUUUACUGCAUUCUUCAGUUUUACUGUUCUUCAAAAUAGAAGCAUGUUGCACCUUAAAAUAAAUGUUGUCUAAAAUAUGUCAGAUUUAACUCAUCAUCUUGAAAGGCCCCUUGAAACAUUUUGAUUUUUUUUUCGCAGUAUAGUAGGACAAACGGGCAAUAAUGCCUACUACACAGAAUUUAUUCUUCCUAAGUGUUUGAGAAUCCAAAGCUAUAUUGCACUGAACAGCUACCAAAAUCCAGGGAACCUUCAAGCAGACGACCGGGUCUUUGAUCUGAAGUGUUUUGUGAACAACCAACCAGACGUUCUGAUUGUGUUGUGCCUGAAUCCUCUGGUACUUUUGGUGCACAUAGUAAAACUGGUCUGAGCUAUGCAUGUUUGGAAUAGACUGUUAUUGUUCCCAAUGAUCCGUUGCGUGAAUUGUCCAAAACAGACGCAAAAAAAAAAAAUGUAAUUCAUGGCCAAACUUAACUCCAGACAAUGGUGAUUAAACUGUAGCUCGUCUCUGUCGAAUCAUGGUUCAAUAGUCAGUUUUAUUAUAUCAUUACAAGAACAUCUGUUAUACUAUUAGUCCAGUAUCCUCAGUUCAGUUACAGUUUAAAAGUAUGUAUGACUAGCUCCCUCUAAUGGUUUGAAUUGGUGGCUGUAGGUUACAACAACAAAUAAGGACACACUGGUUUAAUUAUGAAAGUUUUUUUUUUUUUUAUUACACUUUCUACACAAAAAGAAUCUAUCAUUAGAAUUUCACACAAGGAUUUAAAUCUGUCCCAUGAAUCAAUUUUAUUUUUCACUAAAAUGACACUGACCCUACAGGACGGUUAUGAAUACAGCAGUGGCUUACUGAAAGCUAAAAGAAACAUCUGUGAUGUGAAAAUAAAUGGAAGACAAUGUGAAGUAAAGUUCAGCAAAAUGAAAAUAUUGUGUAUUCGCAAAAAUGAUUUUGUUUUCUGAAAUGCCGUCGCAAAAUCACAGGUGCUAGAAUCUGGAAUUUUAAACAUUCAAAGCAAUAGGCGGGACUUUGUUGUGAGAUCCCUUGUGGUUGUUCUUGAAAGUGUACUUAGGAAUUCUCAAAAUGUGCAGAAUCUCCGCUUGAGAUAAAAGUGUGCUUCUGGCCAACAAUACCUGCCCUAAUGUGUAAAACGAAUGGAAUGCUGCUUGCUCUUUCAAUAAUACAGUGUUUGUGUAUCAGAUGUUUUUUUUUCCCCCUGCCUUUUUUUAUUCUCUGAAAUGGGCUUAUCAGUGUUGUUGUUUUAUUCUGUUAAAAGAAAUUAGUUGGGGUUUUUUUUUUGUUGUUAUUUUUUUUCCUCUGGUCAAGUAAAUCUCUCAGUGGAAGGAAGACACAUUUUUUUUAUCAUUUCUAAAAUUGUUUCAUGUGUUUGGUCAGCACUGUUGUAUCCAAAAUUGUAUGAAAUCCUGAGUGAAGUUCAUCCAGACUGAAUUCUGCUGUGAGAGUAAGCUCUGUGUGGAAUGAAAAUGCAUUGCUGUGGGGGUAACGCUUUGCUUCAAUGUAAGUGUUUGCCUCCUCGCCCCCAACUCUCUUACAGACUUUUGACUUCUCUCCUCUCAGACCAGUCGUCUUCCAAAAACACUAACUCCUACUUUUUUAUUCAACAAACCAACAAAGAAGCCAUGACUGUAAAGAGAAGGACUUGGCUGUAGUCAGAGAGUAGGCCAGACUCCUGAGACGCUUCCUGAGCGUAAACAGGGAUUAAGCCACAUGUUGGACUCCUCUCCACGAGAGCCCAAAGAUACACCACGAUCCGUAUGUACGGGCUUUCUUGAACUCUCCAAGUGGAAGAGACGCAGAAACGAAGACCAGCAAUAUGCAACGAGAACUACCAGCCUGCACUCAAGGAGCCCAAACAAACCCAUAAGGCUAUCUAACAAUCAGUGGUGUGCAAUAAUAAUAAAAAAAGGUAUUUCUAGACUCACUGUUUUUUUUAAAGCAUGCAUACAAUGGCUGUUUAAGGAUGACUCCCUCUCAGUAUCCACAGCGACAUGCCCCUGAUUCACCCUCUCUCCAUUUUAACCUGUGUACAUUUCAACAACCUCUACAUGAAUUAAAGGGAAAUGUCUUAUUCUGAUAUAUUAUUCAAUAAAAUAACAUAUAUUUGUA